UCUACCGAAGAAACUUGACGCUGUUGCGCAACUUUGACAUCUCGAAUAUAAUACGAUAAAUAAAAAAAAAAUUGUGCCCUGUUGCGUUAAAACGGCAAAAGAUCGGUGUAAGAAUGUAUCGCAGGAUCGAGUUUGCGGAGAAAAUUGUGCGUGUCCCAAGAAAACAAGAAAAUGUGUUAUCAUAAUCAGCUGGUGGCCAUCUUGUUUAUAAAGUGAAACAUAAACAUGGAAAUAGACUUUUAUUAUAGGAAUUAGCUGCAUUAUUUUAUCAUUUCUUGAUAGAAUAUGGUUUGUUUUAUAUAACCAAAGUUACAAAAAUGGCUGGAAAUGAUGCCACUAGUACAGAAUUAUUCCCUGGGUGGUCAUCUGUGGUCCACCAGCCAGCAGAUGAGCCUGAAGAGACAGAUUUACCAAGUACUGUGGAUAUCGCUGCCUUCAGCACCAGUUUAAGCGUUGAGCCCAACAACACGACCCAAAAUAACGACAACAGCGACUCUGACAGUGAUUCUGAUGCAGAUUCUAGCAAUUCUGGUACCGAUGCUUCGCAGUCUUGUAGCCAGUCGGAUUCAUCGGAUUCCGACAGUUCCACUUCAAGUCAAGAAUCGUCAUCGAGGAGUCCCAGCCCCGAGUUUUCUGUAACGACAUCACAGACGAACGGUCUCCGUUUAACCAUAGCGACAAUUCGUAAAGCUGCCAGUCCCUCUGGCGACAAAACGAUGGGCAAACCUGGUGUUCCCGCUAAAUCCAACUCUAAGAGCACCAGCUCAAGUUCCGAGAGCGCGGCUUCCAGCGAUUCAGACAGUGACUCGGACAAGAGCGAGAUAGUUUCGAAUAACGCAGCCGUUUCAAGUAAAAAUGACACUGUUUCGACGACUAAAAGUGAUGUUCCUUCGAAUAAUAAGGUUAGUGCUAGGAGUGUUAAGGAGGUUAAGAGGGUCGUCAGUAGAAUGAGGACUAGGGCCACGGCAGAGAAGAAGGAAGAGAAAAACGUUAAGAACGGGAAGAAGGACGGACCUGCACCGAACAAGGGCAAUGUUAGGGCGAAGCUGAGGCAGCGGAGGACCAGAAAGAUGGCCUCGUUGCCCCUAUCCCGGGGUUCCACCUACUCCAGCUCGGACUCGGACGAGUCCGACGCUGACAGCGCGAUGCUGGCCUCUUGCAGCCUCCAGGAGAUCCGCCAGGAGGACCUAGCCGCCAUCCUGCCCGAUCAGCAGGAGAUAGACGCCUUCAACGACUUCGAAUGCAACCGUACCGACAAGAACUCCCCGGCAGCUGGCGAUAUGUCCGGCUCGGACAUGGAACUACCCCAACAAGCCGUCAACGCUCUCAUACAGAGAACGACGGAGAGUUCCAGCGAGGGAGAGACGCACGCUCCCCCGAAUCCGAGUAGUUUGUACGCCAACAGCCUCCUACAGCAGUUCGUGGUGCAAACGCAGAUGUUAAACGCUCCCUGCCCGCCUAUUCCCAGUGUUAGUGAUAGCUUGAAGCCCCCGGUGCUGCCUUUGAACAACGUAGACGCGCAGGGGGGUAAGACGGAGAACGAUAGCGGGAAGAGACGGAGGGGAAGACCGAAGAAGGGCGACAAGGAUGCGAAGAACUCGGAGAAGUCUCAAGAGUACUGCGGUAACCCUAACGUUUCGCCGGACUCCGGCAUACAGAACAGCCCGGAUCACGUAUCGAGCCCCGAACCCGCCCUAUCGCCCAACAUCAAACAAAAAAGUGUAACGACGAAAGACGAAGCUAAGAAAAUUGAAAAACCGGUUGUUAAAAAUGCAAACAAAAGUGAAAAACCAGUGACCAAAGCAAUGAAAACGGUGUUAAACGUGAAUAAAACAAAGGAAAUCAACAAAAUCCCAGUGACAGCCAAUCGUUUCGAUAGAGUUCUCUACGCAAACGCGGACCGAGUCUUGUAUCCGCCAAGAAGGAAACCGGGAAGACCUGCAGCUAUCAGGAAGGGCCCCGGGAGGCCUCCCAAGAACCGACCGGUGGCCGUCGGGCCACUCGAGGCGAAACCCACAGAAAAAACAGUUGAAAAGCCCUCCCGUGUGCCUAAAACCAAACUCAGGACUCGCACGGUGCUAUCGGCGAAAAACAAACUCGAGAUAAAGAGCAAGUUUCAAACAUUGAAGGUCCCGAAGCUCAUGCACAGCCGGCACAAGCACAAGAAACACAAGAAGUACAAAUUCAAGAUCCUGAAGCCGAUAACGGCGAGCGAUCCGAAAAUCAACCUCGAAAUCGACAAGUUGAUAGCGGAUUUCGUGAAGUGCUGCGCCAUCGCCACGAAACAGCCCAAGGAGAACGUCCCGGAGCAGUUCCUGAAGACCCUGAAGAAGGUGACGAAGAAGAGGAAGACCGUCGAGCACGCCGAGAAGAAAAAGAAGAAACAAAGCGUUAACACGACCGUUAACAAGGUCAAUAACUGUAACGAGCAACGUUUGCCGUUGAAGAAGAGACAUUACCACCUGGUGAGCAGCAACGAUAGCAAAAACGAAACGGAAGAGAUUAAAGUCGAGCCCGAGGACAACGCCGAGGUUAAGAAUAAAAUUAAGCAAAGUUUCGGUACAGGAAAAGUGGAGAAAUUCAAGGCGGGCGCCAGCACUCCCAAACCCGAGCCUCAAAAAUCGCCGGUCGCCGCUAAAUACGUGCCGGUGAUCAAAACGAACGUCACGUCUCCGAAAGCGACUCAUUUAAACAACAACGAGUACGAGGUGAAAGAGACGAGCACCAAAGCCGUAGGAAGUCACAUAGACGAGGCUAUCGAGGCCUGCAUCAACCGUUUCUCAGACGAGAAAGUCUCUCCCGCCGUAGUGAAAACCGACGAGGAAAAACCGGGAGAAAAGUUGAACUCCAGCAACGGCUCCAUCACGGCUACCACCCCCAAGAAGAGACACAGGUUGGAAAUGGCGAAUACCCCGGAAAAAAAGACCAGCUCGACGGUUAAGACGGAACCGAGUCCGACCUUUGUCGAGGAAAAGCUGAAGCCGCAGGUCACGAUAGAAUCGUACAUUACCGAGCUGAAGGCGAAGCGGAAUCUCAUCCCGAAAUCGAACGUGACGAUGGAGGAAAUAACGGAAGAAGUCAAUGUUAAGGAGAAAGUCCUGACGGUCGAUAACGAGCAGAACGUAGUGACGUCCCCAGAAUCGUCGAAAAAGAAAGUCAGGAAAAGAAGAGCCAUAAACAGGACAGGGUUUCCCACCGUUAAGAAGAAAAAAAAGAAGCAGCUGGUCCUAGAAUCGACCGUCUUAGAAACUAAAGAACCCCUCCCGGCUAAUACCUGCGACCGCGUGCCCAAGGAAGGCGAGGAGUACACCAAAUUCGUGCAACGCACCGAGAUACCGAACCUAACCCUAGACAAGACCAAGAUCGAGGACUGCCCGUCCAAGUGGGAGCUGAUGAGCGAAUGCGAGAGUCUCCCCCAGGACGAGAGGACGGAGUUCGAAGAUGAUCUGAAGCCAGAAAGGAUGACCUUAAGGCAACGGGAUUCCUCACCUGCAACGUCUGUCGAUACUAGGAUCAGCGAGCGCAGCAAAACCAAGCUGGACGAUCCCGAGUUGGACUUGGAGAUGUCGCUGGAGUCCAGCAUAGAACGGCUGAGGUCCAGGCUGGAAGAGAGGAGGAAACGGAAGAGGAGCAAAGACAAACUAUUGGAUCUCAACGGUUAUCCAAAACGGAAGGUUAGGGACGUGUCGCCUGCUAGUAGUAUCGAGCCGUUGAUCGAGAGACGUAUUAAAGACGAGAGAGCGUCCGCUUCUGGAGACGAGAUGAGGAAGUGUAAAAAAGCACCUAGGUGGAGGAAGAAGUAUCUCGUUGCCGGGCUCUUCUCAGAUUACUACAAAGAAGAUGAUGAGACAGUCCGCCAGAAGCGCACGGAGAACGCCCAGAAAUCCUCCCGCCUCACCUACAACCCGUCGGAACACCCAUACGGCCUCCUCCCGCCCCCCUACCACUGCGGCAAGUACCUGCGCUGCCGCAAGCUUCCAUUCCAGCUUCCGUUCGAUCUCUGGUGGCAGCACACCCAUUCCCAGCUGCCGGGCAGGGACAUCGUCCCGUCUUGGAACUACAGAAAGAUCCGCACUAACGUGUACAACGUCAAGACGACGACGGGCACCUGCGAGCCCCAACCGUGCAACUGCAAGCCUUCCAGCAACUGCGGCGACGAUUGCAUCAAUCGUUUGGUGUUGUCCGAGUGUCCCGCCAGCCACCGGUGCCAGAACCAGAGGAUACAGAGGCACGAGUGGGCUCCCGGUCUGGAGAAAUUCAUGACGGAGUCUAAGGGUUGGGGUGUCAGAACGAAGCUUCCCAUAAAAACCGGUGAAUUCAUCCUCGAGUACGUCGGAGAAGUGGUGGCGGAUCAGGAAUUCAAGGAACGCAUGGGCACCAUCUACGUCCAGGACACGCACCACUAUUGCCUGCACCUAGACGGCGGCCUGGUGAUAGACGGGCAUCGGAUGGGAGGGGACGGGCGCUUCGUCAACCACUCCUGCGCCCCGAACUGCGAGAUGCAAAAGUGGUCCGUCAACGGUCAGUUCCGGAUGGCCCUGUUCGCCCUCCGAGACAUCCACGCUGGCGAAGAACUGACGUACGACUACAACUUCUCGCUCUUCAACCCGGCGGAAGGUCAGGAGUGCAAGUGCGGCAGCGAGCUGUGCAGGGGGGUGAUCGGCGGGAAGUCUCAGAGGGUGAGGCAGCUCCCUGAACCGAGUACGGUCAAGAAUCCCGGGAGGGUUGGCAGGCCGAGGAAGACGGAGGCCAAGAAGAAGGCGAGCAGCAGCAAGGAGGUGGAGAAACCGCCAGCUGCCGCCCAGGUCUUGCCUCAGAUCCAGGUCAAACCGAUGAGCCACCAGCAGAAGUGCUUUAUUUUGGAGCAUCACUGCUUCCUGCUGAGAAAUUUGACGAAAGUUAGGAAAGUUCGGGACAGGUCGUUGAGCACUACGGCCCUGGCGAUUUCUAGACAGCAAACCGCCACCCCGACGGACACCAGCGCCUUCAUGAACCACCUCAACGCCUUGCAGAAACCCAGAAAUAUGAAGACGAGGAGGCUCGCCCAGGCCGAAGAUGAUCCCGAAUUGAACAAAACUGUCAAACUAGCUGCCCUCCUCAAAGAUAUUUGGUCGGUGGUUAUCAGCACAAAAGAUGAAAAAGGCGAGCAGAUGAGCGCCCCCUUCAUGACGAUGCCUUCCAAGCGCAAGGUGCCGGAGUACUACACCCGCAUCGCCAACCCCAUAGACCUCGUCACGAUAGAGCAGAACAUAGCGACGGGGGUCUACAAGACCCCCAACAGCUUCGACGAGGAUUUCAACAAGCUCUUCCGCAACUACAUCAGGUUCUACGGGCGGACGAGCGACGUUGGAAUCUGCGCCGCCAAGCUCAAGAAGAUCUAUGCCGAGUCGAAACGGCAGAGCCUCCACAAGCUCGAGGAUGCCCUAGGCGAGAAACCUCCGCCUAAUUUCGUUUCGAAUAGGAAGAAAAAUGAAGAGGAGGACAUAAUAAGGUGUAUAUGCGGCAUACCGAGGGAUGAGGGCUUGAUGAUACAGUGCGAGCGUUGCUUGGUGUGGCAGCACUGCGAGUGUGUCAAGGCCGACGCGUCGGCCCCGAGUUAUCACUGUGAAAUAUGCGUGCCGAGGCCUGUGGACUACGAGAUACCUUUGGAUGAGUUUACGGAGCAUGGGCACAGGUACUACAUGACCCUCAUGAGAGGCGAACUGCAACUGAGACAAGGCGACACCGUGUAUGUCCUGCGCGACAUCCCCAUAGAGGGCACCGACCGCAAACACACGUACGACACAAUCGGCAAGAUCGAGUACGCCGACCUCGACAUAUUCCGCAUAGAGAGGCUAUGGAAAGAGUCCAGCACGGGACGGAGGCUGGCGUACGGCCACCACUACCUGCGGCCGCACGAAACCUACCACGAACCCACCAGAAAAUUCUUCCCGAACGAGGUGAUGCGGGUGCCCCUGUACGAGGCCGUGCCCGUCGAGCUCGUCAUCUCCCACUGCUGGGUGAUGGACCUGAACACAUUCUGUAAGGGUCGGCCGAUCGGCGCCCCCGAGGAGCACAUCUACAUCUGCGAGUAUCGCGUCGACAAGGGGGCCAAGAUGUUCAGCAAGGUGUCCAAGAACAAGUUCCCGGUCUGCACCAAGAGUUUCGCAUUCGAGAGGUUCGAGACGAGGCUGAAGAUCUCCCGGACGUAUACUCCGCACGACGUAGACGCCGCCCUGAUGAAGGGCGGGGGGAGGAAGCAGAAAAACGAAGAGGUGCACCAUCCUCCGGCUAUCCCCGUCCUUAGGGACAUGGUCGGCGCGGUGCCUGUCUUGCCGCCGGUGAUUCGGACACCCGUCGAGCAGAAGGCGAGACUAAACAAGAUACUGUUGAAUCUCCUGGGCAAGAUGCCCACGAAGCAGGUCCUGGACGUGUCGUACCUCCUGGAAGGCGGACGACGCAGGAAGAAGCAGUCGGAGAACGUCAGCGGUGGCAAAUAACGCCCCGCUGGCCAUUGCUGUUGAAUUGGGUGAUAUUUUUAGAUAUUUCUCUAUUAUGUUUUACAGAAGGAUUAAGUAGGAUGUUAACUUUUAGUGCCGUCGAGUCCCGAUGCCGGGGCGUCGCGUGAGUUGUUCUGUUUUCUCACUUGGUAAUUUUAACGGCUAGUCAUAGUGUUGUUAAUAAUUUUAUUGGCGGCGGCCGCCGAUUAUUUAUUUGUACAUAAAAACUGUUGCUUAUAUUGUCGGUGACGAUUGGAUUCUAUCGGAGGUAAUUUCUAGGGUACAAAUUUUAUCGUUUUCGAGAUGACAAGUUCGCUUUAUUAUCAAUUACGAUUCCAUUUUUUUUACAGAACGGUAUUAUCUUUAAAUUAAUUUUUAAACUCUUUUAUUUUUAAUUGUACAUAUUUUAUUUUUCUAAGUUUUACUAUUUAUUACACUUAAUUUAUUCAGUGGAACUUUUAGGUUAGUUUUUCUUGCCUGACUAGGAAGUAAGGAUUUAAUAACACUAUAUUAAUCAAUGUUUAUAUCACGCUAGGAUAUAUAUACUUUUUAUCAUUAAUAAAGUUGUUAUAUUUU